CUGCAAGUGGCGCAUGCGCCCUGAGCCGGGGGCGGGCAGCGCAGGCUGGAGAUGGAGCCGGAGCCGAGCUUCGCGCACAUGGGGCUGGACGGGCGGCUGCUGCAGGCCAUCGCUGAGCUGGGCUGGGCCAAGCCCACACUGAUCCAGGAGAAGGCCAUUCCGCUGGCCCUGGAGGGCAAGGACCUGCUGGCCCGGGCUAGGACUGGCUCUGGGAAGACGGCCGCCUAUGCCAUCCCCCUCAUCCAGCACUUGCUCCAAGUGAAGAUGUCCCCCUUGGUGAUGGAGCAGGCUGUGCGUGGGCUGGUCCUGGUGCCCACCAAGGAGCUGGGCCAGCAGGUGCUGCAGAUGAUCCGGCAGCUGACGGCGUACUGCUCCCGCGAUGUCCGUGUCGCCGAUGUCUCCGGGCAGGUGGACAUGUCUGCACAGAGGCCCAUCCUGAUGGAGAAGCCGGAUGUGGUGGUGGGGACGCCAUCACGGGUCCUGGCUCACCUGCAGGGCCACAGCCUGAGCCUGCGCCACUCCCUUGAGGUGCUGGUCCUGGACGAGGCUGACCUACUCUUCUCCUUUGGCUUCGAGGAGGAUCUGAAGAACCUGCUGUGCCACUUCCCCAAGAUCUACCAGAGCUUCCUGAUGUCGGCCACCUUCAGCGAGGAGGUGCAGGCGCUGAAGGAGCUGGUGCUGCACAACCCGGUGACCCUGAAGCUGCGGGAGUCCCAGCUGCCGGAGGCAGCCCAGCUGUGCCAGUACCAGAUCCGCUGCGCGGGCGAGGAGGACAAGUUCCUGCUGCUUUACGCGCUGCUCAAGCUGGGGCUGGUGCCGGGCAAGGCCAUCCUCUUCGUCAACACCGUGGAGCGCGGCUACCGCCUCAAGCUCUUCCUGGAGCAGUUCAGCAUCCCAGCCUGCGUGCUCAACUCCGAGCUGCCCAUGCAGUCCCGGUGCCACAUCAUCAGCCAGUUCAACCGAGGCUUCUACGACUACAUUGUCGCCACCGACGAGCAGGCGCUGGCAGAGCCUGCGGUGCGGACCAAGUGGAGGAAGGGCGCCAAGACAGAGAAGGGCAAGGACCCAGAGUAUGGCGUGGCGCGGGGCAUCGACUUCCAGAAUGUCGCCACCAUCAUCAACUUUGACCCGCCCCCCUCGGUCGAGUCCUACAUCCACCGGGCCGGCAGGACGGCCCGUGCUGACAACCCCGGCACAGCCCUGACUUUCGUGACACACCCAGAGUGCCCCCUGCUGGCCGAGAUUGAGGAAGCUCUCGCAGGAGAGAGCACCGAGCCUGUGCUGCGCCCCUACCAGUUCCGGAUGGAGGAAGUCGAGGGGCUCCGCUACAGAUGCCGGGAUGCCAUGCGCUCCGUCACCAAGCAGGCCAUCAAGGAGGCGCGGCUGCGAGAGAUCAAGGAGGAGCUACUCAACUCGGAGAAGCUGAAGACGUACUUCGAGGACAAUCCCCACGACCUACGGCUGCUGCGCCACGACCGGCCCCUGCACCCGGCCAUCGUCAAACCGCACCUGCGCAACGUGCCUGAGUACCUGGUGCCCCCCACCCUGCGCGCCAUUGCCCAGCCCCUGCUCAACAAGCGCAAGCGACGGAAACACUUGGCCCCCAGCAGCAGCCGCCCCAGGGGGGGCUUCCAGGCCCGGGGGGGGCGCAAUCCUCUGCGGAGCUUCCAGUACAUGGGGAGGAGACCCCGGCGCCCAGCUGGCAAGGGGAAGACGUCCUGAGCCGUGGGCCCCCGUCAGCGACUGCACCUGGCUGGACUCAGAAUGGACAAUGUCCCGUGUGGCUGGGGCCGAUUCCCCCGCUCGGCCAAGAGGAGACAAACGCUGCCCCCUGCGCCCCACUGCCCCUGCCUGGCUCUGCUCUCUGAGCAGGGGUCUUAUGGGGCAUCUGUGGCUGGGUGUGGGAAUCUCCUGCUGCUGGCGUCAGCCACGCCCCAGUGCCAGGCCUCGGGAGCCUGAGUGUGGCUGUGGGGAGGGGGGGCUGGGGCCAAAGGGUUGUAGACGGCAUCUGAGCCCAAUAAAGCUCAGUGCUGGCUCCA